AUGGCGGCGGGCCGGGCAGGGCAGGGGCGGCGGCGGGUCUCCCUCGAGGCGAGCCCGCCGCACGCCGGAGCGGCAGCCGCAGCCCUGCGGAUCCGUGCCGGCCCCGCUGGGUUCCUCUGGGAGAUUGGGGCUGACUGGAGCUGCUGCAGCCGUCGGGAUGUGCAGGGCUUUGCACAGAGGAUGUUCAGCAUCUCUAACAGGAUUUGGGGAUUUGCACGGGGUGGGAAUGGAGGCAGAAAUCAGCUCCUGGGAUUGGAGCUCCAUCCAGGAGUGAUGGCUCCUCCUGCUCUCAGUCCCUCCCCAGCAGACAGCAGGAGAUUGGGCAGGAGCAGAGCACCCUGGAUUUGGCACCUCCUGCAGGAAUGUGCCAGGGAUAUUGUCACUGCUGCUUUUUAUGAGAACAAGGACCUAAUUAUGAUUUCACAAUUUGUGUACUGUAAGCUCAAGAAUCAGAAGGUAAUCAAAGACCAAACGGGCUCUCCUGACCUGACUGAAAUGCCAGGCUUCAUUUGUGGCUGUGUCCUGUGUGUCCUGGGCAGCAGAUUCCCUCAGCUCUGUAAAAAUCUCCAGAGGAGAUGCACAGAAGGCACCUUCUACCUGCUCUUUGCCUUGGCCAUGAUGGGAAACUGCACCUGUGGACUGAGCCUUGUUCCAAAGAUGCCAAACCCCAAAUCCUCCUGGGCCCUCUGCUUUGUUCACACCUUCCCUGGCUCACUGGGAGCUUUGCUCCUUGACAUUUUGCAGGAGAUGGUUGGGAUUUGA